GCACAGGAAGCUCUCCGUCAACCAUUUUUCCGAUUGCAAAUGGAGAAAGAACCAGAAAAAGACGAACCAAACACUUCAUCUUCUUCAAUGUUCAAUUUAUUUGGCGUCUCAACAGCCGAUACUAUCCAGCAAACUUCAGCACCUAAUUGGCUCUGCAACACCAGCUUCACCACCAACCUCUCCGUCAUAAAGGACGCCGUUUCAGCUCUCCGAAAAGAUCACCAAACCCUAACCGAAUCAGACCAAGAAGAAGAAGAGGAAGAACCGCAUAAUUCCAAUGUUAAACCCUCCACUUCCUAUCAGCUAAUAGAAGAAGAAGAAGAAGAAACGAAAGCUUCUGAUUCUGAUAGUGGCAGUGGGAGUAAAAAGAGUAGCAAGACAAGGGUAAAACGGAGAAGAAACAAGAAGAAAAGUUCUAAUGAUGAUGUUAGGGUUACACAUUCGAAACAUACUAAGGAUUACUACUUUGAUUCUCAUGGAGACGCUGAUAAUUUAGUCUACGGCUCUCUUUACAGAAUGAAUGUCCCUCGCUAUAGACCUUUUAACCCUGCAAAACUGUUAUCUGCCCAUGGAAUAUACCUUUCGAAUAAGAAGAAGAGUUCGAUUUUUGAUAGAGAUGGUGAUAUUGAUGGACUCGACGUUAAACUUAAAUCGAAUGGUCGUUAUUGGUCUGCGAAGAAUGGAGCCUUAGAAUUUCAUAAAAACUUUAAACGUCUUCGGUUUCAUGCUCCUAGACAUCCUGUAGUUGUUGAUUCUGAUGAUUUUAUUCCGUUUUCGGAUACUGAAGUGGUAUCCAAAGAAGCUGCUUCUUCAUUUGUUGAAGAGUCGUGGGAGGAUGAAUUGAUGCGUAAGACACGGGAGUUUAAUGUGUUAACGAGAGAGCGUCCUUAUGAUGAGAAGUUAUGGUUAGAUUUUGCGGAGUUUCAAGAUAAGGUUGCUAGUAUGCAACCGCAAAAAGGGGUUCGGUUGCAGUUGCUUGAGAAGAAGGUUAGCAUAUUGGAAAAAGCUGUUGAGCUUAAUCUUGAUAAUGAGGAACUGUUACUUGCUCUUUUGAAGGCUUAUCAGAACAGGGAUAGCACUGAUGUAUUAAUUGGAAGAUGGGAAAAAGUACUUUUGACCCAUUACGGUAGUGCCAAGCUGUGGAGAGAGUAUUUGCGUAUUUUUCAAGGGGAAUUUUCUAGAUUCAAGGUUUCGGAAAUGAGAAAAAUGUAUGCACAUGCAAUUCAAGCUCUUUCUUCUGCGUGCAAUAAGCAGCUUAGGCAGGUUCAUCAAAAUACAAAACCCUCUUCUAAGGAUCUGGAUACAGUAGAGCUAGAACUAGGACUGGUCAAUGUCUUUCUUAGUCUCUGUCGGUUUGAGUGGCAGGCAGGACACCAGGAGUUGGCCACUGCUCUAUUUCAAGCUGAAAUUGAAUUUAGUUUGUUUUGUCCUUCUUUACUCCUAAAUGAGCACAGUAAAUUGAGAUUAUUUGAGCACUUUUGGAAUGGAAAUGGUCCAAGAAUUGGAGAAGAGGGGGCCACUGGUUGGUCCUUGUGGUUAGAGAAAGAGGAGGAAAAUAGACAAAGGAUUAUGAAAGAGGAGACUUCACUUGAUGAUGAGAGAGGUGGUUGGACUGGCUGGUCAGAACCAAAAUCCACACACAUGGAAACUGAUGAAACUCCAAUAACUUUAAGCAGCAACAAUAAUGUCGCUGAGGGAUUACUAGAGGAAUCUGAGGAUGAAGAGAUCAUGCAAGAAGAUGAUACAGAAUUAUUGCUAAAAGAGCUUGGUAUUGAUGUAGAUGCUGGCCCUAGUAGUGAGGUGAAAGACACUUCAACCUGGAUUAGAUGGUCUGAAGAAGAGUCGCUGAGAGAUUGUAGCCAAUGGAUGCCUGUACAUGGAACAACAGACGACAUGAACUCAUUGAGUAUUGAGACACCAGACAGAGAAGCUGAUGAACAAAUUCUAAGAGUCAUAUUAUUUGAAGAUGUCAGUGAAUUUCUGUUUUCAUUAAGCUCAGAAGAAGCCCGCUUAUCUCUUUUAUCGCAGUUUAUCGAAUUUUUUGGUGGUGAUAUGUCACAGUGGAUUUGCACAAACAGUUUAAGUUGGACUGACAAAAUCCUUAGCUUAGACGUGCUGCCAGAUUCCAUGUUAAAGCAUUUGACUUUAAUCUGUAAUGAUCCGGUAUUCCUUUUGGGUAACACUGUUGACACUUCUAAGCGAAGCGAUAUAAUGAAAUUUCUUCGGAAUGCUAUCUUGCUAUGUCUAACUGCUUUUCCACGUAAUCACAAAUUGGAACAAGCUGCUCUUGUUGCUGAAGAGUUGUCUGCUACAAGGACGGACUCCUCUACCCCUUGCAGAUCUCUUGCUAAGUCCCUGCUAAAAAGUGAUAGACAGGAUGUGUUGCUGUGUGGAGUUUAUGCACAACGAGAAGCUGCUUCUGGUAAUAUUGCUCAUGCAAGAAGAAUUUUUGACAUGGCAUUAUCAUUGAUUGAAGCGCUUCCACCGCAUUUACAGUCAAAUGCUCCUCUUUUAUAUUUCUGGUAUGCUGAAGUAGAACUUGCCAGUGUAUGUGGUGAUACCCAAGAAUCAUUUUCUCGUGCACUGCAUAUUUUGUCGUGCUUAGGAAGUGGAGCAAAGUAUAGCCCGUUUGAAACUAAACCAUCAAGCUUGCAAAUGUUAAGGGCACAUCAAGGUUUUAAAGAAAGAAUGAAAACAGUACAAUCAACAUGGUUGCACGGUGUUGUAAAUGAUCAAUCUACUGCACUGGUCUGUUCAGCAGCAUUGUUUGAAGAGUUAACAACCGGGUUCGACGCAGGUGUUAAAGUGCUGGAUGAAGCUUUUAAAAUGGUACUUCCAGAAAGAAGACGGCACAGUUAUCAGCUUGAAAUUUUGUUCAACUAUUAUACGAGGAUGCUUCUUAAACAUCAUAAGCAAUCAAGCUUAUCAAAAUUAUGGGAAUCCAUCUCGCAGGGGCUACAAAUAUAUCCUUGUAGCCCUGAACUAUUCAAGGCGUUAGUUGAGAUCGGGAAUCUUUAUAAAACACCAAACAAUUUACGCUUGAUGUUUGAUGAGUACGGUCACAGGAAACCUUCCGUUGUUGUUUGGAUUUUUGCAUUGUCGUUUGAGAUGAGCAAAGGAGGCUCCCAACAUAGAAUUCAUGCAUUGUUUGAAAGAGCACUGGCAAAUGACAGCUUGUGCAAAUCCGUCAUUCUCUGGCGUAUGUAUGUUGCUUAUGAAAUUGACGUAGCACACAAUCCUUCUGCUGCUAGGCGUGUGUUCUUCCGAGCUAUUCAUGCCUGUCCCUGGUCUAAAAAACUAUGGCUGGAUGGUUUCUUAAAAUUGAACUCCAUCCUAUCUGCAAAAGAGUUAUCUGAUCUCCAAGAAGUGAUGCGAGAUAAGGAACUGAACCUAAAGACUGACAUAUACGAAAUUCUGUUGCAAGACGAGCUGUUAUUUGGAUGAUAGAAAUGAGAGACCUCGCUUGUCGGACUGGCAUCAACUGACCACCCCCAACAGGUCGAAGAUGGUACCUUGCGCUAGUCACAAGCUGUUCCGAGUCAUACAGCUGUUCCUUACAAGACAAGGUUGGCUAUGCAAAGUGUUUUAUUUUUUAAAAAUUUCAGAAAAUUAUUAGAUAAAGGGUACAUGUAAAAUGUAUAUAGUGAAAUGCAACGGACGUAUAAAUUUUUUGACUGUUCAUGUUUUUCCGACUGUUCAACUUUAUUCUUCUCCAA